AUGUCAGCCACGAGGAGUCUUCCCCUCCCUGAGGGCUGGACGGAUCCAGACGCCUACGUCGAAGCUUUGCUGUCAUUUGCUACCUCAUCCGACCUAUUUAGGCACCUCUGCGGGGGCGUACAUAUGCUGGAUUUUCUUACGCGCGAGCCUGACCUCUAUACUACACUUCUACCCGAAGAUUGGAGACAGUUCUUUGAGCACCACAAUAUUGCGGACAUCAUCGACCUGCUCCUGCGGGACGAUAUCCAACCGAUGCUAGCGGCCUACAAGCAGGGGGAUCUUGCAGGGCAGGAGUGGAGAGGAGUUGCGGUUCUCCCUCCGCUGUCUCUGAUAGAGUUCAUUCAGCAAAUCCGUCGACUUACGUUGCGCAGGGAGUUCACGCCGCACGGCUCUGGGAAGGCGACCAUACCGCCGCGGAUUGCGGUCGGAAUGAAAGUCAAGAAAUAUCACGAGGUUGCUCAUUUCUCGAAAUAUGUCAACUCACUAUGUGAUACCGUGCAUCGGGAGCGGGGCGAGGAGAUUACGCACAUUGUGGAUUUUGGAUCUGGGCAGAAUUAUCUUGGGCGGACAUUGGCCAGUCCUCCGUAUAACAGGAACAUCGUUGCGAUUGAACGGAGGCACCAGUUUAUCAAUGGGGCCAACAGGAUGGACGUCUAUGCGAAGCUAGCUGAGAAGAAGAAGGUGCGCUUAUACAAUAAGAAGCUGGAUAAAUGCAAGACCUGCGAAGAUCCAGACAUGCCAGUGGAAAAGCUAGACUCGCAACCGGAGCGGACGAGCGACGACGUGGACGAACAAGACACUGGGAACGACGAUGAGGGCGUUGCGGAGAUUAGCAUAUUCCGCGACAUCAGCGUGACCUCCGACGAGCUCGGCACCUUUCCUAAAGCCGGCGGGACUGUUCAGAAGCCAGUAACGAAUACAAAUACAGACGCUCCACGAGGCGCGAUGAACUAUAUUGAGCAUGAAAUCAAGGACGGUUACCUGGAGCCGAUCAUCAAAGAUGUUGUCGCCCCGAGCAGCCAGAAAUCAGCGGAACCCACCGACGACGUAGAGAAUACUGAGCAGGCCUCAGAUGUGAACGUCAUGGUGGUGUCGCUGCAUUCAUGUGGAAAUCUUGUUCACCAUGGUGUUCGCGCGUUGGUUCUGAAUCCGUCGGUCAAGGCAAUUGCCAUGAUUGGGUGUUGCUAUAACCUGAUGACCGAGCGGCUCGGCCCUGCUACGUACAAGCUCCCUGUUUUGCGGACCAUGCAUCCUCGUUUGUCGAAAGACGCUACCGCAUACGACCCUCACGGCUUCCCAAUGUCAAGACGCUUGGAAGAAUUUAAGCACGAUGGUGGGACCGGUGUGAAGCUGAACAUCACCGCCAGAUCAAUGGCCGUCCAAGCUCCGUACAACUGGGGCACCGCCGACGCAGAAGAUUUCUUCACCCGUCAUUACUACCGUACACUGCUCCAGCGAGUACUAGUGGACCGGGGAGUAGUGCCAAAACCAUCCGUACCCAAAGAUCUUUAUAGUACCGAACCCGAGAAGCUGGAGGACGUGGGGAACCCUCUUAUUGUUGGAUCCUUGCGCAAGGCAGCCUUCACCUCGUUUCAAGCAUAUGUCCGUGCGGCCGUUGUGAAGCUGAGCCGUGAUCCGGUCUACGGCCAGAAGAUCAAAGAAAAUAUGGUCACAAUUACCGAUGAAGAGCUGGACCGCUACGCCACCGAAUAUUGGCCUACGAAGAAACGGCUCAGCGUGACUUGGACAUUAAUGUCGUUCUGCGCUGCAGUUGCCGAAGCUAUUAUUGCUGUCGACCGAUGGCAAUUCCUCCGUGAACAGGAUUGCGUCAAAGAAUGCUGGGUUGAGCCUGUUUUUGAUUAUGGCCAGAGCCCUAGGAAUUUGGCUGUUAUCGGGAUCAAGAAAUGA